AUGUGGAGCACCUUCGCGAUCGUCUUUACUAUUGGUCUGUUGGCCGGCUCAGCCAACUCUAUCGUUGAGAAAUUACAGUUCCAAACUGGUGCCUUCGGCGUUGAUGGUAUUUAUCACCUUUUCGAGAAGCCCUGGUUUAUGAGUCUGGUCAUGUUCGUUGCUAUGCUGUUGGCAUUGCCUGUCUACUACUUCCUACUGUGGACGAAGAGCAUUAAAGUGGAUAAAGUCAACAAACAUAUAUUUUUUGUUGUUGCCAUACCAUCCCUUUUCGACCUCUUGGGGUCCUCCUUCCAGGCGAUCGGUCUCGUCUACACCCCCGUGUCGGUCUUCCAAAUGCUGAAGGGCAGCAUCCUCAUCUUCUCAGCAGCUCUAUCGGUCCUUUUCCUCCACAGAAAGAUGUACCGUCACAACUGGGCCGGUGUGAUCAUCUGUGUUAUCGCCCUGAUUUUCGUGGGUAUGUCUAGUGUUGCCUCUCGAGAGAACCAAACUCAAGUAGUUAGUCUCGGCAAACUACUUCUCGGUAUUUGUUUCAUCGUUGGUGGUCAAAUUGUAUGCGCCUCGCAAUACGUCAUCGAGGAGUUCCUUCUUAAGCCGCCUCACGACGUUUCCCCUGUCGCUUUGGUUGGCCUCGAGGGUUUCUGGGGAACCAUCCUUAUGGUAGCUGUUGCUCUCCCUGUAGUCGGCUCUCUACGUGGUGGUGAUGUUGGUGGUGUUAUUGAGAGUACUAGAGACUCCUUUGUGAUGCUUGCUAAUGACUCGGCCAUUAUGUGGCUUACUGUGUCUUUCGUUGUCUCCGUAUUUGUAUUCAAUUUAUGUGGAGUUAUGGUAACUGCUACAGCUUCUGCGGUGCAUCACACCUUCUUGGACGCCACCAGAACUAUCCUUAUCUGGAUUGUUUCUGUGCUAAUGUUCUAUGUAGCACCGGGUAAAGGUCUUGGAGAGCCUCUAACUGCGUGGUCGUUGCUACAGCUGAUCGGUUUUGUGAUGCUCAUCUAUGGAGAGUUGUUAUACGAUGAAGUCGUUAGAUUGCCUUUCGGUCUCCACGAGAAGGAGCCACCGUCAGCACUGUUGGCCCCCCUGAAUGCGCCCCUUAUGGUAUCCCCAGCUGAGCGAAAGCCCGCGCCUGGUAUCCCCUCGAAUCGGGAGAGGUUGCCGCUUACACGAAGUGAUGUGUCGGUUGGUAAGAGGCAGUGA